AUGAAAUCGCUCGUCCUGUUGUCGCUUCUGGUCUCGGCUGUGGCGGGGAAGAUGGCUCGGCUCAAAUUCGUGGUGCACGGGAAAAGAAAGCUAUCCAUGGGACUUCAGCAGUUUCUCCCGUUGAUUCCUGCUAACUUCAUCCCAGUCUCAUCACCAUCUGACAUCACCAUCACCUGUUUCUCAGGCACGUUCAGGCUUCUCCUAAUGUAUUCAGCAAUCAAUAGCUCGCGGGGGGGAAAGAGAGGGGGGGGAGAGGAGGAAAGAGGGGGUGUCAACUUCAUCUUUAUCCACGAGCCUUCUCUCUGCUCUCCCACUUACGCACACGGUACACGCACAACACGCGGGGUCCAGAGUCAGACGAGACGAGACUGGGUUCAGCACCACGGACAGCUCCUGGGUGCGCGUACCCGAGUGGCCCCUGGUUAA